AUGUUUCAGAAAGACAUCAACGACGCGAAACGGCUUAUAAAAAGAAGAAACCUCUUAGUCAUCAUAAUACACCGACAAACGGAUGAUUUUCAUCCGUGGAUUGGCCAACUCGAAUUAAAAAGCAAAACAGUUUCAUAUUGCAUAAAUGAACCAUCGUGUUUAACUAUGUCAUCGAACAACUCACAGAGAACAGAUUGUUUACGAACACAAAUUCCGAUCAUCACUACUGAUGAAAAUAUUCUGGAUCAACUUGAACAAGUUCAAUAUGAGGAAAAAUCUGAUCGACAGAACUCGACACAGAAGAAAUUCAAACCUAAGGUGAAUGAUUUAAUUUGUGUCGUUUGUGGAUCACCAGCAAGUGGAUAUAAUUUCGGUGCAAUCGCGUGUGAAAGUUGCAAAGCUUUCUUCCGUCGAAAUGCUCGAAAAGAUCCGAAAUCGCUCUGUUGUGUGGAGAAAGGUGAUUGUAAAAUAACACCUUUCACACGUCGUUUUUGUUCGUCUUGUCGGUUAACGAAAUGUUUAAGCAACGGUAUGCAAUGUGAUCGAAUUUGGACGAUCGAACAAAAAGCAGAAAAACGUCGUCAAAUAGAAGAGAAUAAAAAGUUAGCGAUGAAUUCUAAUGUUCAGUCAAAUGAAGAAAAACUUCCUUCAACAUCGUGUUUAGAUGAUCUAUCAAUGGACACGAAUAUUCUUUUCACAGAUUUUACUGAAUUUCUCUUCCCUCAGGCUCAACUCAAUGCAAAUGAUUUACAAAGAAUAGAAAUAAUAUCCGAUUCUUAUCAAAGACGUAUCGAGUUUGCGGCUCGUGAGGGUCUCCCUUGGGAUCCAUCUGUACCUACGAAAACAUUUAUUCAAGUUCUCAACAGUCAUUCUGUACACGUCAUGCGAUUGUUAUCAUUCUUCAAACAAAUUCCCGAGUUUAAUCAAUUAAAUAUCAAUGAUCGAGUAACUUUAAUUAAAUACAAUCUCGAUACACUUCUCGGUAUCAAUUGCGUUCUUUGGUAUAAAAAAGAAACGCAUGAAAUGAUCGAAGAUGAUGCCGAUGUUCCAUCAAAUAUGCAAUUCUAUCAAAUCGUUCAUGGUUACAAAACGUGUCUUGCAACCCGAAAGAUUUUUCUUUCACUUUUACAUCUCGCUAGCUACGAUCGAAAAAUCAUCCAACUGAUGCUCAUUAUCCUUCUUCUCACUAAAGGUUUCUCAAUAAUAAAUCCUUCCCAUGAGCAAAUCUUCAACGAUGAAACGUCUGUCGAUCAACUGCACAAUUACUACACAGAAUUGUUAUGGAAAUACAUGGAAACAAUGCAUGGAUAUGCCAAAGCAGUUAAUCUUUUCAGUGAACUUCUUGCUCAUAUCAUUUCAUGGCAAAUGAUUCAUGAAGAAAUGAGAAAUAACAUACUACGGACUUUAUCACCCGAUGAUACGAAUGAACUGUUGCCAAUUAUGAAAUCAAUAUUACGUGUUUCGUGA